GACAUCAGGUGAUAUAUAACAUUUGGCUGACAUUGGCAUUGGUCCUAUAUCAGUAAACAGUGUCACAAAAUAAAGAAUCAAUACUUCAUGAUAAGAGGUUAUAAAAUAGCAAAUUUAUAUUAAACAUGACGAAGUAGGAUAUAAUGAAACAAUCAACAAGGUCGUAUUUCCGAUUUCCUGAGAAAAGUCAUACUAUUAGAUAUUCUAUACAAUUAUUGGUACUACGUAAUCGUUUUUGUUUAUUCUUAUAUCAAGGCACUUUAAAUCAAAUAUGACUAUUUCCCUCUUUCUUCGAUUAUUAUUUUCCAGCAACGAAUAUUUAGUAGUAUACAGUACAGACCCAGGGGUGGUUGUUGGAUGGUGUAAAGUGAACAAUUCAUUUUCUAAAAGAAACAUUUCUAAUUAUAACUAUGUGUGCAGUAUGGAUUCCGUUCUCUCUCAUACUUUCAUGCAGUGGUAUGGUGAUUGGAUACCAGUUUCCUGUCCCAGACUUUGAAAGUCCAUGGAUUCUUUUGGAAGCCCAGGCUGGAAUAAGUAAGGCAAAGAAAGAAAUUGAUCACGGAUUAAAUGAAGUUCCUUUGAUAGUAGAUGUACAAGUGAAAUCACAAGAUGCUCCGAAUGAAGGUUAUAUUUUUCAAGCAACAGGGGGAAUAACUCGUGAUGAUGAUGAACCAGAACCUUACAGCGGCGUGACCUAUAUUUACGAUGAGUCCAAAGUAACCGUUUGUGCUCCGCAACGUUACAAUGGCGCCAUGAAUGGAUACGCGAUCUACACAGAAGAUGGAGAUUAUUUCAUCGGUGCAAACAGUCAAAGAAGUUACAAUGUAAAUGUUCGAGUUCGGGCUUGGCGGAAAACAUCAUUGCCUCCCGCAGAUUUUGUAAAGACUGGUAUUCCAAUGGAAGUUGGAAAUACUACAAACGUUUCAGACGUUUACUUGGAUGAGGUCCAUGGUUUCCACGAGUAUCCGUCAAUGACGAUUGUUAGAAUGAACUUCAUAGAUCAUACAAGAGGGGCGCUUACCGCAAUGUCAGAUGCAGUUGGAGCGAACUUUGUCACCUACAGAGUCAAAACUUGGAGACAUAACAGUUAUACUGUACAUGGUGUAAGCAAAGAUCGAAUACGGGUUUGGAUUGAUUCACAAUAUGCAGGUAAACAAAAUUCUUUCUCUAUUUGA